AGUGAAAGUAUAAAAGUAUAGAACUUUCAUCUUCCUCAGAAAACUUUGCUGUCAUUCUCCACUCUGUUUGUGGGGUUUUGUUGGGAUUGCGGUUUCUAUAGCAUAAUGGCGCCAAAGGUUUUCAGGAAAAACAUAUGGCAAUGGCGCCGAAAGCGUGCAAAAGCAAAACCCUUGAUCGACCCAAACGGGAUGUUCGCCGGGAUGGUGGUUCUCUUGGUGGCGAAUGGAGUUCAGCCCCGCCGGCUAGAGAUUUGGAAGCAGAAGCUGGUGCAGAAGAGGGCUACCGUCGAGGACUACUUCUCCAAGAAGGUCAAUUGCGUUUUUGCUAUGAGCCCAGAAGCCCUUCUCAAGCAAUUGGAUAGACAACGCCUUGAAAGCUUCAAGGGAAGAGUUCUCCUUUUUCAGUGGCUAGAGGAGAGCUUGAGAUUAGGGGAAAAGGUUUCUGAGGAUUUAUACCGCAUAGACAUCAAUUCAGAAGGAGGGGAUACUGGAAGUAUGUCUCAAAGUGCUAAGGAUAGUGAAGAACCUUCUCUGAAGAAGACGAGAUAUAAUCCAGAGGACGUGGAAAGUUUAAAAGCUGAUAGCAGGGAUGAUUCAGCGGAUAGUCCCAGAAUCCUGAGAGCGUAG